UCAAUAUGGAGCUUUGAACUUACACAAGACGUUGUUAUUAUUAUUCAAAUCCAAAACGUCUUUAAACGUUAUGGAAUUCCACUACUCACUUUUGAAAAAUUAAAAGAGAUUGGAACGGUUCUUUCGUUUGACAAAAUAGACGAAAUUUACGAAUACAAAAACAUCAAAGGGUGGAAACUACUCCCACUCGAAACGCAACUCAUUAUGACUUUGCGAAUUGAUUUCGACAAGAAAGAAAUCAGAAAACUAAAACUUUGA